AUGACUGGUCAUAAUCAUUAUCAUCAUUACAAAUGCUUUUAUUCAUUGUUCAUUAUUCUGUAUUGCUUUUUAUGUAUUAAAUUCAUUCAAACAAUUGAUAGAACAGAAUUAAAUGAAUUAAAUAUAUAUGAUCCAAUGAAAUGUCGUUCUGGAAAUUAUCGUGGCAAAGUGAAUAUAGCAUUUGAUGGAACAGAAUGUUUAGAUUGGAUAGAUCAUAAAUCAUUUUAUAAACCAUAUUGGUCUGAUGAUGAAGCUAGAAAACAUAAAAAUUAUUGUCGUAAUCCAGGAAAUGAUUCUUCUGGUCCAUGGUGUGUUGUUGGUUUAGGAAGAUUUAAAUAUUGUGAUGUACCAAGAUGUGCUGAACAUAUUGGUUGUUAUGAAGGGAAUGGAGCAGAUUAUAAUGGAGAUCAAGAUCAAACAUCUGAUGGACAACCUUGUGCAAAAUGGAGAAUUAGUAAUUCACGUAAAGAAAUUGGACCAAUUUAUCGAUAUCGUCUACAGUAUAAUGAGACAACUAGUAAAUUACUAAGCACCUCCGAUUAUGAACUUGACAAUUUUCGUUCAUGUCGAAAUCCAGGCGGUGUAAAAUCCCAACCAUGGUGUUAUCCAAUUAAAGUUCGUGGUGUUUCUUCUGGUAUACAACAUUGUGAUAUACCAAAAUGUUCUGAUCCAGGGACGCUUGGUUAUCCAUUAUUUAUUAAUGGUAGUCAAUGUAUGCCAAAUUUUGUUCUUCAAAAACAAUUUGUCAAAUUGGAAUCAUCUACUGUUGUUGUCGUUGACUAUUGUGUAGCUCCGCAUGGUUUUAUUUAUCAAAGGCAUAAUAAUGCUAAAUAUAAUAAAUUCAAACAAUUCUGUUUAUUUCUUGUUGGUAAAACAAUGUAUUGUCCAGCAGGUUUUAUGCGUACUAGACGAUUUCAACCAAGUUUAGAAUUUAUUGGUCAUCUCUCUGGUCCAACAGCAUGGAGACCAACAUUUGAUAAUAUCUUACAAAUAAUUACUUGUUGUGUAAAACCUGAAUUUUGGACUAAUUCUACACGAACUCCAUAUAUAUCUAUUGAAAAAGUUUCACAAUAUAAAGGAGACUAUGGCGCUAGUACCAGUAACAAUAAUAAUAAUAAUAAUGGUAAAGAAGCACAAGAGUUACGUAAUACAGACACGACUAUAUCACCUUUUACAACUGAAGAUGAAGAUUGGUUUUAUUUAAAACCACGGCGUAGAAUAACAGUUGGUGAUUUCUUUCCAUUACGUCGUCGUAAAUGGAUAACAAGAUGGAAACGUUCUAUUUUUGAAAAUGAUACAGAUGAUAAUGUAGCAUCAGAAAUAACAAAUUCUGAUUCUUUAUCAUCAUCAUCUUCUUCUUCUUCUUCUUCCUUAACAUCGUCAUCUAUAACAUCAUUGUACAAUCCAGAAACUUCAUAUACUCCACAAUCUACAGUACUGGAUCCACCGUUAUUUGUUUCUAUUUAUCAAUGUCCACCAGUUAAAGGAACAAGUCGACUUGUUGCACCAUUGUUUCGUAAUGUUCUUCCUGAUGAAACACUUAGUGAUGUAUUACAAAAUUUAUUUCCUGAAAUAAGUUGUGAAUAUCGUGAAGCUAAAUCUGAAUUUAUACCAAACGCUGAAACUCGAAUUAGUCAAUUAGCUCUACUUAUUAAUGAACCAACAUGUCCAGUUGGUUUUGUUAAAACACAAAUCUCUCGACGAGUUGUAUUUAUUCUUGGUACAAGUAUUAGUUUAUGUUGGUCAGUUUCAAAUCGUUACAAAUUAGACACAACAACAACAACAAAUAGAAAUCAAUUACCGAUUGGAAAUUAUUGUUUAGUAACAGAACAUUCAUUGGAUAAUGUAAAAUCGAAUUAUUUACAAGAAACUGAUAAAGAUAAACGUUACAACUAUAAAUGUCCACAAGGUUUACGACAAAAUGAAAUCAAUUUUGUACAAGUUGGUUAUCGUUUAAAAUUGUGUUGUUCUGUAAAUUCACUAGCAAAUUUUACUGAUUAUGAAGAUGAUACUAAAUUAGAUAAAAUUAAUUAUCAAGCCCCAUUAGGAAUUACAUCACCAUUUGCUAUAAUACAAAAUGGUCCAACAUGUCCAACAUUUUAUUCAGGCAAUGUUAAAUUAACAGUAGUACAAUAUAAUCGUCCAAUUCCUCGUCCAUAUGGUGAUCAAAUUGAAUUAAUUGGACCAGAUAAUCCAGUUAAGUUAGAUGGAAUACCAAACAUAAUCAUCUGUCAAUAUUUAAAUCAAGAAAUUAAAUUAGGGGUGAAAUCACUUCGUUAUGAUUGUGAUGGUUUGGGACAUCGAGAAGUUAUGAGCUAUGGUGGGGCCACUUGUGGAUUUGAAGCGAACUCUACGGUAGCUUUCCCACCUGGGAAAUAUUGUUUCUUACAAUUAUCCUCUACAUGCCCUACAGGAUUCAUAUCAAGAAGUGGUGUCGAUCGAUUCGGUUUCAGUUUACAAAGUCUUGGUAGUACAUGUUGUCGUACUGAAGAAUCAAUUGGAGCAAUUAAAUUACCAAUUAAUUUAGAAGCCCCGUUUAAACUGCCUGCAGUUUAUCAACCAUGUCAAGCAAUAGAGAAUUUCAGUGUUGAUGCUGAAUUACAUCAAUGUGUUUAUUACCCAAAAGGAAAUAGAUCACAUAUAAUGCUGGUAUGGCCACGUGUUGUUUCCAGUUUAAAUGACACUGUAAACGGGAGUGAUAAUAAUAAAACUUCUGUGCCAAAAUACUGUUCAAAAUUACCUGGAAAAAGGGUCGGAUUUAGAAGAAGCCAAUUGGGUCGUUUAUCUGCAUUAUUCUUUAAUAUAAUGCAAGAUCAAUGGUUAACAUAUAAACGACCACGUUGGACAACACGUACAAGUGAUUCAAGUGAUAUAUGCUUCAAUGAAUUGAAUUUGGAAAAUAUUCCCACAUUAAUUCAUCCAUCAACUGGAUAUUGUAUAUCAGUAUUUGGUAAUUGUCCAUACAAAUUCUUUAGAGAAGUCGGUGCUGCACCAUAUAUGAAUACGGUUAUUUGUUGCCUUAUUAAAGAAUAUAUUUCAGAAGUCGAUAAACUUAAUCAGACAUCAUCAUCAUCAACAACAACAACAACGUCAAUAAACACACCAACAGUUCGUUCAUUUGUCACUUUGGGUUGGCCAACAAAGGAUGACAAGAGGGAAUUGAAAAAUUUCACCGGCACCAAAGUAUUAACUACGUAUGAACAAACCAAUUCACAAAAAUAUUUAAAAGACUUAAGUUACUGCCCUCAAUUUCGUGAUAUACAAUUGAAACGACGUAUUGUUGAAAGUAUGUAUAUACCAGAGAAUGUCUCAUUAUCAUCACGUCCUCAAAAUAAGCAAUUGUUUGGACAGUAUAAAAAUUUACUUACAUUAUUCAAUGUCUCCAAAUCGAACGGUUUACAUUUUGAUAUUCAAACUGGUAUAUGGUCCGAAAAUGAUAUUGUACAUGUGAUAUAUUGUGAAUAUGGUACAGGUAAAACACCCGGUACAGAUGAUCAUCGAAAUUGGCCUGUAGCAAACUAUGCUAUACCAAAAUCAUUAAAUGAUUGUCCAAAAGGUUCCGUAAAAGCAACAAUGCGACAUCAACAAGAUAGAUAUGGAUUUCACUAUUCACAACCGAUUCAUCUAGAUGGAGUUUAUUUUAAGCGUAAAAAAGAUAUACUGUUGGACUAUUGUGUAUUCACUGAUGAUCAAACUGCACAUCGUACAGGAAACUAUGGAGGUGAAGAAUCUCUUCCAGCUGGUCAUUACUGUGUACUACGCGUCAAUGGUAACUGUCCAGUAGAUUUCAGUGAAGGAUUGUUAAGUAUACUUGAAGGACCGGAAAAGCUGACACGUUCCAAAGACACCUCAGAUUCACAAAUAAAUCGAAACAUAGAUUUACUACAACAAACAACAACAUCUACACCAGAUAUUAUUCGUAUAAGAGCACACAUGAAAGAGAGUACAUCAAAAAUUGACCGACUCAAUUAUCAUUUCUGUUGUCGAACUGAUUCACCAAGUGUUGACAGUCCAAUUGAUGGUUUCCCCGCUGAAACUGGUCCUUUUUAUUUGUACAGGGUUGGAGAUAAAUGUCAACAAAUUACUGGAAUGCAUGUUACUGAAGAAUACAUUUGUGUAGAUGCACCUAAUCGAGGUGAUCCAAACUGGUGGUCAAUUGAUCAGAAUCAUACUUGGUCACCAUAUAAUGUGAAAGGUUUAACACCAGCACGUGUACCAUAUCAUGAUUUUUGUGAUGUUGAAAUCAAUUUAUGUUAUUAUGAACAGGCUGCUCCUGUCUCGGAAAAUGAAGUGACAGAAAGUUAUUAUUUUCAAACUGAAUGGCCAUUAGGUCAAUAUGCAUUACCGAAUGUACAUAGAAAUGAUUUAGAUAAAGCAUGUCCACCAGGAUUUACACAACAUUAUUAUUCAUUAAUUAAUAAUCAAGCAGCAUUUUUUGAAUUAGAAUUAAUGCCAAUGAGUUUAGGACCAUAUUUUUUAGAAUUAAUGGGACAUAAUUAUAGUGCAUUAAAUGUACAUUAUUGUGAAAGAAAUAAUCCAAAUAUAAAUGAUGAAUUAGUUAAUGAAACAGGAGAAGUUAUAAUUGAAGCAAAUAAUGAAGAAGAAACAGUCACUUCUUCUUCUUCUUCUUCUUCUUCCUCAUCUUCAUCAUCAAUAAUAACGGGAUUAUUAGGAGAUGAUAAAAAACUUCCUGAGUUUCAAUGGCCUAAAGGUGAUUACUGUGUAAUAUCUACAGCUGAAAAUCAUCAAUGUCCACCAGGUCUUCAUAGACAUGCCCGAGCAUUCUCUGAACUUUGUUGUCGUACUGAUAAUAUUAAAGAUCCUAAACCCGUGAACUGGCCAUUUAUCGAAGAUUUCUUCUUAUUUGGUGGUGAAAAAUGUUUACCAAUAAAAGACACUCAUGUGGAACGUUAUCUUGUACGACUGGUUUCUGGUUCAGAAGGUAAGCAUGAACCUCAGUGGGAUGUUCUAUGCCAUUAUUUACCGAUAUCAUGGAUGAAUGACACUAUAGAAUGGCCAUCUGGUGAAUAUAUGCUUCCUAUAGGAAGACGUAGUGGCUUGCGUACAUCAUAUGUGACGACAAUUGCUGCAGAUAAUGAACAGACUAAUACAACAGCAUCAUCUACAAAUGUUCAAGAUGGUAAAAAUUUUAUCAGUGGCAGUAAAUAUCAAUGUCCAGAAACAUUUGAACGUAAACGUUUUAUAUUUGCAAGCAGCGAAACUGAACAACAAUUAAUGAGCAAUCCGAAUACCAAUACAGAGACUAUAUUCAACAUAACCGCCUACGUGACCAUGGAAUUUUGUGUACAUACUAAUGAACAGAAUAGUAGUAGUGGUACUACAAGUAAAUUUUCAACAUGGCCUGCUGGCGAUUACUGUAUAUUUACCAUGAACACACAUUGCCCGAUUGGAAUGAAAGCUUCCAGAGAAUUUCCAUUGAAAAUCCCACGUUUCAUUCUAAAAAGUAUACAUUCCAUAUCACCAGAUGGUGAAAUAAUUCCUAAUAGUCAUUGGCAUGAAGAUAUUGAAAAUCAUGUUGUUUAUUUUAUGCAAUGUUGUCGUGAAGAUAAAACUUUACUGUUACGUGUACCACCAUCAAAAGAUGGUUUUUAUUUAGCUAGUAGUUCCGGUUUAUGUUCUAGUGUACCGGGAACUGUAUUGGAUAGAGAGAAAAUUACCACCUAUCUUACAUCACCAUUACAUAGUAAUAGUAAUACUAUGAUUAAUAAUCGUAAAUCAACUGUAUUAAGUGAAAAAGAUAUGCUAUUAUAUCGUGAAACACUUGCUCAACGUGAAGGUCUCCUCUAUUUAUGCUAUUAUCAUCCAGCCAAAGGAAUUGAUUAUACUACAUCAAUACUUGGUACACGUUAUUCUAUAAGUCAAAAUAUUUCUGAAAAAGAUAUUGAUGAAAUAGCAAGACUAUGUGGUUGUGCACCGAAUGCAUUUUGUUUACUAAAUAAGCAAGCAGAAUGUAUUUGUAAACCAGGUUAUUUCGGUGAUGGACGUUACGUAUGCGCACCAAUAACUCCGCUAACGGAUGAAUGUGCUGACUUAUGUGACCCGUCAGCUGUAUGCGCUGAACAUUUGGGUGUUAGUUUAAAGAAAAAGCAGUUACUCAGUCAUAUGUGUAUUUGCCGUCCAGGAUUUGUUGGUGACGGUUUCUCAUGUAAAUCAGAUUGCGUUGCACGAGAAUGUCAACCAUUUAGUAGAUGUAUACAUAAUAUCCCAAGAGGUAUCACUGAAUGUGUUUGUAUUGAAGGGACAAUACUAUCUGGUACACGUUGUCACUUGGAUGUAUAUAAAACAUUGGAACAAGAAAAAGAUUUACCUCAAUUUAUUGUAGAUCAUGAUCAUUGUCUCUCAUCAGAAACACAAUUAGCUUUGAGAACAUUGAAUCCACCAAAAUACUUUUACAUAUUUGUCCCAUCCAAUAUAAUUCGAAGUUGCACAGAUGUUAAAGAGCACAUAGUUGUACGAUCAAAACCCUUGACUAUAAAUGAACUUAAAUAUGCUACAGUUCAAUCACCGAUUAGGUUAAUCACUGAAAAUAAUACUGUGAUUGAAGUAUAUCCCAUGAAUGGUACACUUAUGAUCGAUGGUCACCUAGCUCAAUUUGAAACUGUGAAAUUUGUCAAUGGUGAACUAUACUAUUUAUCCAAUCCAUUAAAACGUACUGUGGUAAGUUCAAAAUGUUGAAUUUUGAAUACUGGAUGUUAAAAAAGACUGAAUUGAUUUGAAAAAUGGAAUGACUUCUGGUUUUGAUUAAAUAUAACGAAGACGUUUGAUUUUCUCAGCACGAAGUAAUUCAAAAAUUUUCCGUUUCUUACUUCUUGGUCGAUCCUGGCGAUAACAUAUUGAGUAGUCGCCAGUUAGAAGUGAGCAGUCCAGUUAAAUCGACAUCUAAAUAAUAUACAUUCUUUUCGCUGCAUAUUGUCAGCAACCACGAUACCUAUGAUUGAGCAUUUUUUUUAACUUGUACAACGAAAGGUUGUACAGUUUUCAGAAACGUACCUGAAUAGAUUAUACGACUAAUAGUCAUAAUAAUAUAUUAAAACAAACAAAAUUAAAUAACAUGUUGAAAUAUCUAGAUGGUAGGAGCAGAUAGCCCGUAUGUUCAAGCAGACCGCAAUUGAUUGACUGAACACACAUUAUAUUCAAUUUAAGAUAUAAGUAUUUACAUAGAAUAGAUUUAUCAAACAUGACUGUUUGACUUCCACGUAACUUAGAAUCUAGAGUAGCAGUCUAUUCAAAUAAUGAAAUGUAUAUUAAAAGACAAUAAGCUUACAAAAAAUUUUCACCGUAAUCGAUCAGUCAGUCAGUCAGUUAUCAGUCAAGAAACACUGUUUAGUUAUAAAGCAAUCAAUGAUAAAAAUGCAAUGAAAACUACUGUGAAAUGCUGAUAUUGUUAUGAUUAAUAAUGAACCAAUACAUGUUAAUUAUAUUAUAGUUACAUAUUAGGAGUUGGACUAGUGUUAUGAGUUAGAGUUAAGGUUCUUGUCACUAGUCGGUAUCAGUUAAAUUGCUUAAAUGUCUGGGUUAAGUAAUAGAAGUUAGAGUUAUGUGUUGGAAUUAUAAAUUAAGGUUGAAGAUUUCAUCCUGAAUUGAUGUUAACUAUAAGGCAGCGAUGCCAUGCCACACUUUUAUUUACUUAGGGUUAUUAUUUCUGGUCAAGAGUUAGAGUGAGAGAAUACAAAGUUCAUUAUACAUUGAUUCACAAAUGCUAUGGUACGGUCAGGCAUAUAUAACAACGGUCAGGAAUGUCCUACUCACUGUCCCCUCACAGUGGGGGUGUUGUUUAUAAACUCAAGAGGACAAAAACCGAAUUUCUGGAACUUGAACCAGGUUGGUGAUUAUUGAACAUCUACUUAGGAUUCUUGAAAACCACUGGUGCACAUAAACUCUUGGAUCCUGAGGAAAAAAACAGUGUAUGAGCCUAUUGUUGGUCACUGGCUACCAUGACAGCACAUCUCAAAAACGUUUCCCCACCUUUUUUGGAUUAGAUCUCUGGGUCAAAGGCUCGGGUAGUGGUCUUCUAAUAAAACCACUUGCUUUAGCUCAGGCAACCGGGGAUUAUCUCAACCCUCACGAAAAGUUUGCGUGUUGCAUGUAUAUUUUGGUGUCGCUUUGUACCAAUGUUUAUGUGUUUAAAUAAAUGAAUAUAAACUUUGACAGAGUCUACAUCAACAGUAGUUAUUUCAUGUAAUUUGACUAAAGCACCAUGUCAUAUUCACCAUUUGGUUGCGUAGUAUGUAAUUAAAGAAACCAAUUUCAAACAGUUUGGAAACUAAAUAUCACCAGUUUUCACUUCAUUAACAAUAGCAUACAAGCAACGUUGCAUUGUGUUGUUUUUAUCGCGUGAAAAUCCGUUAGGUACCAUCUUAAUUGCGAUCGGUGAGCUCAAUCCCGUCAGUUUAAUAUAAUUUUAUCAUGUUUCCUUAUGAAAUAGUUGAAAUAAGUUAUUCUCAUACCCUGUACUACUGUAAUGAACAGAACACGGGUGGGGACAAUCGAAAGUACUUAACACAAACUUACAGGACUUGUUAAUAAAAUCUAGUCUUUUGUGCUGAUCGACUUUUAUUGAUCAAAUCAAAAUGAUCACAGCCCAUUUUUUUAUGUACAACUGGUUGAAUUUGAUCAGAGGAAGGAAUUUUUGAUCUAAGUUUCAUGCUAACUAGAUAUGACUGCAAUCAUCAAGAUAAUAACGAGAAUGUAAAUUAAUCACCGUAAAUACCUCAGCCCUACAUGAGAAAAUAAUUUUGAAGACUGAGGCAGUGAAUGAUAUGAAAGCGAAUAUCACGGAGAUAAAAUUUUCCAAAAAUAAUACAAAUAAACUAACUAGAUAAUUGUAAAAUAACGCAAAACCUAGAUCCAAGACUUUCUAUUGAUCAAACUGAACCAAAUAAGAUCUAGUUUUCAUACGCUGAAAUCUGUUGUGUACAUACUGCUCAACGCGUGCCUAUUUAUAUCAUCAUCAGUUAAUGUUUGAAUAAUCCUACGGAUCAUAUAUGGAACUGAAUUUCGAUCAAUCACUCUUGAUAUGCGUUCAUCAUGUACGGAUUGUUUUGAUAUUGUCAUUUUAUCUUAAGAUUUUAGAAUAAAUGAAUUAUGGCUAUCAAAGGAAUUCAGGAUUUCCGUUUAGUCUUAUUUGAGACUCUUCAGCUUUUACGCAUAUACAUUCAGCUUACGAACCACAAGUACGAUGAAAUGAGCGUCGUAAAUAGUUAUAAUCUAUGGUUCUAUCUACUGAAUCCUGUAUUCUGUUAAAUAUUAAUCAUAAAUAUAGUUAUAGCAAUUUGAAUAGGGAACAGAAUUAAAACUCUUCAAUUUAAUUACUAACACCAUUCUUUCUUUCUUUCUUUCUAUCCUUGAUAUUCUUGUUUCAGCAUAUUUACAAACUGAACAGUUACAUUUUUAUAUUGAUAACUAUAUCCAUUCUAAUUAUAUGUGGAUUUAUAUCAUUGGUUUUAUAUAAAGGUAUACAAUGGUAUAGAACUGCAAGUAUGAGACAAUUCCAUCGUCUACCUAGACAAGUUUUUAUACAUCGAGCAUUUUGGAAACAACAAACUGACGAUAUCCUUGUAGAAGAAACUGAAGAUCAUGCCAGUUCGUAAAAUGUGCACAAAAUUACACGAGGAAUCAUGAACACACCAUCACUACUUCUAAUAAUGCUAACAGCUAUAAUCAGUACUAUAUAAAGUGAAUAACAGCAUAAGUCGUCGUUUUCUCGAAAACUUCUUAAUAUAUAUUUUCAUUGUUUCUUUUUUACGUAUCACCAAAAAUCAUUAUUAUUAUUGUCCAACUCCUAUUCCCUUUUGUUUUCAUAAAUAAAUUUCAAAUG